AUGGUGUCGGGAGUCGUCCAGCUCUGGGCAUGGAUCCUGCAGUCGGGCCGCUUGCAGCCGCUGGGGGCGACACCAGUCAGUGACCUAGGGGUGGUGUGCGGCAUGUCCGACGCCAGCGUGCACAUCGAGUUGUCAGGUGGUGCCAGCCAUGACUGCCGGGCCGUGAUGUUCUCGAGUGAUCGCCGCCUUAUCCCGCCAGGAAUCGAUUGCGGACAGGCGGCAGCCACCCUCGUGCCAGCCGCCGUCCCCGUCGUUGCCGCCGCGCAGUGGGUCACGGUGGAGACGACCGCCUUCACCUCCAAGGAGACCCCCGGCAUCAUCGGCGUGUCGAGCACUGAGAGGGGCGAGGUUGGCAUCUUCACCAACCCGUCGGGCAUCGCGGUGCUCGAGCGCGACAUGCAGGCGUGCCCCUCCGAGGAGUACCGUGAGAGUGCCAGCGCCCGUGACCUCAGGCCCAACAAGGCCGCGACUGUGGCGACGAAUGUCCGUUCGAUGCGGUGCUUCACCUGCUCGGUCGCGGAGCUGUCGCCAUCGCCUUUUCUUGACUGGUCUGUGAAGUAG